GUUGCUGGCUGAUAGAUUACUUGAACUAUGGUUUGGUUUAGAACUGGUUCUUCUGUGGCAAAGCUUGCCAUAAGAAGGACUCUGUCUCAGUCUCGGUGUGGUUCAUAUGCCACUAGAACAAGGGUUUUGCCUUGUCAAACCAGAUGUUUUCACUCUACAAUACUCAAAUCAAAGGCAGAGUCUGCUGCUCCUGUUCCACGUCCUGUCCCACUUUCUAAGCUAACUGAUAGCUUCUUAGAUGGAACAAGCAGUGUGUAUCUCGAGGAGUUACAAAGAGCUUGGGAAGCUGAUCCUUACAGUGUUGAUGAGUCGUGGGAUAACUUUUUUAGGAACUUUGUGGGUCAGGCUGCUACAUCUCCUGGUAUCUCGGGGCAAACCAUUCAAGAAAGCAUGCGUUUGUUGUUGUUAGUUAGAGCUUACCAGGUUAAUGGACACAUGAAGGCCAAGCUUGAUCCUUUGGGUCUAGAGGAGAGAGAGAUUCCAGAGGAUCUCACGCCAGGUCUUUAUGGGUUUACUGAGGCUGAUCUUGAUCGGGAAUUUUUCCUGGGUGUAUGGAGGAUGUCGGGUUUUCUCUCUGAGAACCGUCCGGUUCAAACACUGAGGGCUAUACUCUCGAGGCUUGAGCAGGCUUACUGUGGGACUAUAGGAUAUGAGUACAUGCACAUUGCUGAUAGGGAUAAAUGUAACUGGUUGAGAGACAAGAUCGAGACCCCAACACCUCGACAGUACAAUAGUGAGCGUCGGGUGGUUAUUUAUGAUAGGCUUACCUGGAGCACACAGUUUGAGAAUUUCUUGGCUUCUAAGUGGACCACGGCUAAAAGAUUUGGACUCGAAGGUGCUGAGUCUUUGAUUCCUGGCAUGAAGGAGAUGUUCGAUAGGUCUGCAGAUCUCGGGGUAGAGAACAUAGUUAUCGGUAUGCCCCAUAGGGGUCGACUUAAUGUUUUGGGCAAUGUUGUUAGAAAACCUCUACGUCAAAUAUUCAGCGAGUUUAGUGGUGGUACUAGGCCAGUAGAUGAAGUUGGGCUUUACACCGGAACAGGUGAUGUGAAAUACCACUUGGGUACAUCUUAUGAUCGCCCAACUAGAGGAGGCAAACAUCUCCACUUAUCUUUGGUAGCAAACCCCAGUCACUUGGAAGCAGUAGAUCCUGUUGUGAUGGGUAAAACCAGAGCGAAACAAUAUUACACGAAAGACGAGAACAGAACAAAGAACAUGGGUAUUUUGAUCCAUGGGGAUGGUAGCUUUGCCGGACAAGGUGUGGUAUAUGAAACUCUGCAUCUUAGUGCACUUCCUAACUACUGUACUGGUGGAACAGUGCACAUUGUGGUCAAUAAUCAAGUGGCUUUCACAACCGAUCCCAGGGAAGGAAGGUCGUCACAGUAUUGCACUGAUGUUGCAAAGGCUUUGAGUGCCCCAAUUUUUCAUGUCAAUGCAGAUGACAUUGAAGCAGUAGUGCAUGCUUGUGAGCUUGCUGCUGAGUGGCGCCAGACAUUCCAUUCUGAUGUUGUUGUUGAUUUAGUAUGCUACCGUCGCUUUGGGCAUAACGAGAUAGACGAACCGUCAUUCACCCAACCAAAAAUGUACAAGGUGAUACGCAAUCAUCCCUCGUCGCUUCAAAUCUACCAGGAGAAGCUCUUGCAAUCUGGACAGGUAACCCAAGAAGAUAUUGAUAAGAUUCAAAAGAAAGUAAGCUCUAUCCUCAAUGAAGAAUUUAAGGCUAGUAAAGAUUAUAUUCCACAAAAACGUGACUGGCUGGCAAGUCAUUGGACUGGAUUCAAGUCACCGGAGCAGAUUUCUAGGAUCCGAAACACUGGUGUGAAGCCAGAGAUUUUGAAGAAUGUGGGGAAGGCAAUCUCAACCUUCCCAGAGAACUUCAAGCCACACAGAGGGGUGAAAAGAGUUUAUGAACAACGUGCUCAAAUGAUUGAAUCGGGAGAAGGCAUUGACUGGGGACUUGGAGAAGCUCUUGCUUUUGCUACACUGGUUGUGGAAGGCAACCACGUUCGGCUAAGUGGUCAAGAUGUUGAAAGAGGAACUUUCAGUCAUAGACACUCAGUGCUUCAUGAUCAGGAAACUGGCGAGGAGUAUUGUCCCUUAGAUCACCUGACCAUGAACCAAGACCCUGAAAUGUUCACUGUCAGCAACAGCUCUCUUUCGGAAUUUGGUGUUCUCGGAUUCGAACUGGGUUAUUCGAUGGAAAAUCCCAAUUCUCUGGUGUUAUGGGAAGCUCAGUUUGGAGACUUUGCUAAUGGCGCACAAGUUAUGUUUGAUCAGUUCAUAAGCAGUGGGGAAGCCAAAUGGCUCCGUCAAACUGGUCUAGUAGUUCUACUUCCUCAUGGAUAUGAUGGUCAGGGUCCUGAACAUUCCAGUGGAAGAUUGGAACGUUUCCUCCAGAUGAGUGAUGACAAUCCUUACGUUAUCCCUGAGAUGGAUCCAACUCUUCGAAAGCAGAUUCAAGAAUGUAAUUGGCAAGUUGUUAAUGUUACUACACCUGCAAACUAUUUCCAUGUUCUGCGUCGGCAGAUACACAGGGACUUCCGCAAGCCCCUUAUAGUAAUGUCUCCCAAAAACUUGCUUCGUCACAAACAGUGUGUAUCUAAUCUCUCGGAAUUCGACGAUGUUAAAGGACAUCCUGGUUUUGACAAGCAAGGAACUCGAUUUAAACGGUUGAUCAAAGAUCAAAGUGGUCACUCUGAUCUUGAAGAAGGUAUCAGACGUCUAGUCCUCUGCUCUGGGAAGGUCUACUAUGAGCUUGACGAAGAGCGAAAGAAGUCUGAAACAAACGAUGUAGCCAUUUGCAGAGUAGAGCAGCUUUGUCCAUUCCCUUAUGAUCUCAUUCAAAGAGAACUAAAGCGAUAUCCAAAUGCAGAGAUCGUGUGGUGUCAAGAAGAGCCGAUGAACAUGGGAGGAUACCAAUACAUAGCACUAAGGCUUUGCACCGCGAUGAAAGCACUGCAAAGAGGAAACUUCAACGACAUUAAGUACGUUGGUCGUCUUCCAUCAGCAGCUACGGCCACAGGGUUUUACCAGCUUCAUGUUAAGGAGCAGACUGAUCUUGUGAAAAAAGCUCUUCAACCUGACCCCAUCACCCCCUACUGUAUCAGCUUAGACAGUUGCAAUCUUGUAGUUGGUGAGAAAAAGCUUUCAAAGUUAAGAGUUAUGGCGAACCAUUUUUGCUUGCUUCUGAUCUUCACUUUCGUUUUCGUCAUCACUUUAUCUUCUCCGUUAAACGGAUUGUCACUGUCUUCUUCCAAGCUUUUACCUCGUUUCCCUCGCUACACUUUCCAGAACCGAGGCAGAAUCCAGCAGUUCCGGGGAGAUCGAAACGAGUAUCGAUACGAGACUAAGUUCUUCUCUCAGCAGCUUGACCACUUCAGCUUCGCCGAUCUUCCCAAAUUCCCGCAACGCUACUUGAUCAAUUCCGAUUACUGGCUUGGUGCUUCUGCGCUUGGACCUAUCUUCCUAUACUGCGGCAACGAAGGUGAUAUUGAAUGGUUUGCUACAAACUCUGGAUUCAUUUGGGAUAUCGCUCCCAAGUUCGGUGCCUUGCUUGUUUUCCCUGAGCAUAGGUAUUAUGGAGAGUCAAUGCCUUAUGGAAGCAUGGAAGAAGCUUACAAGAACGCUACCACUUUAUCAUAUCUCACAACUGAGCAAGCUCUUGCUGAUUUUGCUGUUUUUGUCACUGAUUUGAAACGCAACUUGUCUGCCGAAGCUUGCCCAGUUGUGUUGUUUGGUGGAUCAUAUGGUGGAAUGUUAGCAGCAUGGAUGAGGCUCAAGUAUCCUCACAUUGCAAUAGGAGCUUUAGCUUCCUCAGCUCCAAUUCUUCAGUUUGAAGAUAUUGUACCUCCUGAGACGUUUUACAACAUUGCAUCAGAUGAUUUCAAGCGUGAGAGUAGCAGCUGCUUCAACACCAUUAAGGACUCGUGGGAUGCAAUUAUAGCAGAGGGUCAGAAGGAGAAUGGCCUUCUGCAGUUGACGAAAACUUUUCACUUUUGUCGGGUGUUGAACAGUACUGAUGACCUUUCAGACUGGCUGGACUCUGCUUAUAGUUAUUUGGCAAUGGUGGAUUAUCCGUAUCCCGCAGACUUCAUGAUGCCUUUGCCUGGAAAUCCCAUUAGAGAGGUCUGCAGAAAAAUUGAUGGUGCUCAUAGUGAUGCUAGCAUCCUAGAUCGCAUAUAUGCAGGAAUAAGUGUGUACUACAACUAUACUGGGAAUGUUGACUGCUUCAAGUUGGAUGAUGACCCUCAUGGUUUGGAUGGAUGGAAUUGGCAGGCAUGCACGGAGAUGGUAAUGCCCAUGUCUAGCAACCAAGAAAACAGCAUGUUUCCAGCUUAUGAUUUUAAUUACUCUUCAUACAAAGAGGAAUGCUGGAAUACAUUCCGAGUCAAUCCAAGACCCAAAUGGGUCACAACAGAGUUCGGUGGACAUGAUAUAGAGACCACCUUGAAGUUGUUUGGAAGUAACAUCAUUUUCUCAAAUGGUCUGUUAGAUCCUUGGAGUGGUGGCAGUGUUCUCAAGAACUUAUCAGAUACCAUUGUUGCUCUUGUCACAAAAGAAGGUGCACAUCACUUGGAUUUACGACCUUCAACAGCAGAAGACCCGAAAUGGCUUGUGGACCAGCGAGAAGCCGAGAUACGGUUGAUUCAAGGAUGGAUAGAAACUUAUCGACUAGAAAAAGAAGCUAAGGUUUCGCUCUUAAAACGUUCUUGGUAAGAGAACAAUGUAAAGAAUCGUCUCAGUUUCAUUUCCACGAAACUCAGAAUCUGCAAACUUUGUAUUGUAACACAUCUGGUUUGAAUAAAUCCAAUGUAAGCUC